GUAUUUUGUACCAUUUGUGAACUUCAAGUCCGCAAGCUUACAAAAAUCCAACUUGCUUGUAUGCCCCAUCUCUCUAUCUCUCUUCCACUCAAUUCCUCUCCCAUCACCAACCUCACUUCCCCUUCUAUAUAACAAGGAGAUUUGCACUCACCCUUUCUCACACUACUCUCUCUUAACUCUCAACCCUAAUACACCACCAUGGCCGCAGCCUGAGCUGUCGUGAUCCUCUCAUUCCUCCUCCUCAUCUCGGCCUCCUUCACCUCUGGGUGUGGCACGUGCCCAAGGCUCCCCCGGUGAACCCGUUCUGCCCCAGGGACACGUUGAAGCUCGGCGUCUGUGCUGACCUCCUUGGCCUGGUGAAUGUGGUCAUCGGGGAGCCCCCGUCGGGCGACUAGUGCUGCCCGCUGCUCGAGGGGGUGGCGGCAUGCCUCUGCACUGCCAUCAAGGCGAACGUGCUCGGCAUAAACCUAGACGUACUGGCGGCGCUCAGCGUCUUGCUCAGCGCUUGCCAGAAAACGGUUCCUCCCGGUUUCAAAUGUGAUUGAAUGCAGUGAGAACUGAGAAAUUCAUUGAAACUUGAGAUUGAUGUGUACUGUGUCCCUCUUCUUUGUGUGUGUGUGUGUUCUCUCCCUCUCUCUCUCUCUCUAUUUAGGUUUGAAUGAUUUAAUUUCAUGCAAUAGGCUAGGCAAGAAUGUUUGCCUUUAGCGUACUAAUAAUGCCUUGCACUAUUUGUUACCAAUCUGCAGUAGAGUAUUAUUGUGACGAUUUGAUGCUGCAUGUGUCCAAAAUUAUCAAAUUGCUGGAUUUAUUUCACAUUAUAUACACAAUUAGUCUCAAUUCAUUCUUUAAUUGUUAUUACUUAUUACUUUCGUAUGGUAGAUUUAAGUUUUAGUCCGUACACACAUACAUGCUUUGUUUUAACCUAGACGACAACAAAUGGUACAGCUCAGUAUUUUGCAUUUUCUUGAAAAAAAAAACUAUCACACUAAUUCUUGUGUAUUAAAAAAAGUCAUUUCGAAUUUCUUGUCACGUUCACAUCAUGGACUCUCCAUUUAAAUUUACCAAUAACUUCGGUGCUAACACAUAACAAUAUGACAUGGCCUAGACCUAUAAUAAGAUUGUUAACCAAUUUCUUGCCAAAUUAUGCUUUAAUCUUGUCUAUAUUACUGAAAGGUAGUGCUUAUAUUAUACCAAUUAUUGAUAUGAGGAAAUUAAUUUCAUUUCAUGUGAGGUGCUAAAACUAAUAGAUUUUCAACUUUUAUAGACAUUAAUCAAUUUCCUUGAACUUCCAAUUUCUCAUAUGAUGGAUCAGGUUUUUAAUUUGUCGUCACUUUAAUUGCCAGCGAGGAAUUGUUUCUUCUAAAAGAGAGAAAGUAUAUUGGGAUAAAAAAUGGAGUCGUAAAUAAAUGGGGAAUGCCUUCUAUGCACAAAAGAGAUCAGUCAAGGAAGAGAGAGGGAGAGAGAAAGGGGAUGGCGAUACUUUACGCGCUGGUGGCGCGUGGCUCGGUUGUGCUGGCGGAAUACAGCGCUACUUCCACCACGGCGAACGCGAUCGCGCGUCAAAUUCUCGAAAAAAUCCCCGGUAACAAUGAUACCAACGCCUCCUACUCGCAGGAUCGCUACAUUUUUCACGUCAAACGCACCGAUGGCCUCACCGUCCUUUGUAUGGCCGACGACACUGCCGGAAGGAGAAUUCCUUUUGCAUUUCUGGAAGAAAUUCAUCAGAGAUUUGUGCGAACCUAUGGUCGAGCUGUAUUGUCUGCACAGCCAUAUGCAAUGAAUGAUGAAUUUUCAAGGGUCCUUAGCCAACAAAUCGAGUAUUUCUCAAGUGAUCCUAAUGCUGACAGGAUAAACCGGCUUAAAGGUGAAAUGAGCCAGGUUCGGAAUGUCAUGAUUGAGAACAUUGAUAAAGUUUUGGAUAGAGGUGACCGGCUAGAAUUAUUGGUUGAUAAAACUGCCACUAUGCAAGGGAACACUUUUCGCUUCAGAAAGCAAGCUCGCCGUUUUAGAAACACUGUAUGGUGGAGAAAUGUCAAGCUUACGAUUGCAUUGAUAUUCCUUCUCCUGGUAAUAAUCUAUGUCGUUUUGGCUUUUGUUUGCCACGGACCCACUCUUCCAUCUUGCCUGUAAUGAGGUCUGCUCGUGACAUCUGGAUGCUAUUUCUCUUUCUCUUUCUCUUUCUCUUUCUUCUAUUAAGUCAAAGUGUACGCCCAGUUCUUUCACUUCAUAUCUCCUUGAGAUGUCUGAAGAAGUUGUUGGUUUUAUGGUUUUAUACUUUUAUUCUUGGUUUGAGAUUUAGUCAUGUGUAAAGCUGUCUCUGUAGGGCACCAGCUCUAUCUAGAUAUUGCACUAGGUAUUUUCAAGCAAAUUCGAAAUGGUUUGUUUGUUUUGUAAUCGACAUUUCUGGAUAUAUAAGUCAUGAUUUUUAA